CCCUAAUCAAUAACAAUUAUGCUGCAGUGACAUGGAUGAAAGGAACGCGCGACAUCACCAACAGCGGUCGCGCCAUGCGAGAGAACGUGGGCGACUACGUGCGCCUUACGCUCAAGCGGGCCAUACUAUCUGAUGGAGGCACCUACUUCAUCGUCGCCAAGAACAUCUUCGGCACUGACCGCGCCUUCUUCACCGUUCAAUUCCGGCAGCGGGCGCGUUCCCUCACGCCCGUGCGCCACCGCCGGAGCAGUCUGGGGCCCGGGGACGAUUUCUGGGAGCAGAGCGGUGACUGGCCCAGCACCGGUCACCUGGACGACGCCAGCCAGAUACUUCGCGACAUUCACGAGAGAUCAAAGACUCGAAGAGAGGUACCGGGGCCAAUCGCCGGGGAGCCGGUCAUCGCGGACAGCGGGCGCAACUGCGUGACCCUGACGUGGCCCAAGCCCAUCCACCACGGCGACGCGCCGGUCCUGGCCUACCGCGUGGAGGCCUGGCGCCUCGGCUCCGAGGGCGGCGCUAGGUGGGGCGAGCUGGGCAUCUCGCCAACCAACGCGUACGACGCGUUCGGGCUGGUGGCCGGCGCCGACUACCGCCUGCGCAUCACGCCCCGCAACCGGCACGGCUGGGGCGAGGCGCUCGUGUCGGCGCCGCUGCGCGUGCAGCCGGGCGCGCCCACGCUGCCCGAGUUCACCAGGCCGCUGGCCGGCCACAUCAAGGCGCUCCGCGGCCAGGACAUCGUCAUCGAGUGCCAGGUCCGCGGCGACCCGAGCCCGCAGACGCGCUGGACGCUUGACCUGGACGCGGUGGAGGCCAAGGAGGGCCACAUCGCCCUGGUGCGCGAGGGCGGCCUGUGCCGCCUCACGCUCACCGGGGUGCGCGAGGACGACGCCGGCCGCUACUGCUGCGAGGCCUCCAACUCGGCCGGCAGGGUGUCCACCUUCGUGCGGCUCCAGGUCGUCAGCGACCCGCAGCUGCUGCACGCCGACACCAAGCUGCGCAGGGACGCCAUCCUGCCGGAGGGGGACUUCCCUCCGCAGUUCACCAUGCGGCUCCGAGACCGGCGGGUGCAGCAGUCCUACCCCGUGCGGCUCACCUGCCAGGCUGUGGGCUGCCCCGAGCCGAGCGUCACCUGGCAGCGGGACGGCGAGGCCCUCAAGGAGAACGACCGGAUCUCGUUCGUGCGCUCGGACGAUGGCUUCCACUCGCUGGACCUGAGCGGCGCGCUGCUCGAGGACGGCGGCGAGUACUCGGCCACGGCCACCUCGGCCCUGGGCGCCGUCACCUGCCGCUGCACGCUGGUCGUCGACAAGGGCAUCCGCGCCUACGUGGCGCCCGAGUUUGUCGCCGAGGUGGGGCCCGCCCGCGAGGUCGAGGUGCGCGAGGGCGAGGACCUGCACCUGUUCGCCAUCGUCGAGGCCUACCCGAGCGUCGGUGUAGUCUGGCACCGAGACGCCGUCCGCCUGCGCCAGUCGCAGCACACGACGGCCACCCUGGACCGGGACGGGCGCGUGGAGCUGGACGUGCGCCACGUGACGGCGCGCGACGCGGGGCUGUACACGUGCACGGCCUCCAACGAGGUGGGCCGCGCCACCAGCACGGCCAGGGUGCGCGUCGUGCCCGCCGACGGGCCGGUGGCCGCCACCCUGGUGGACGGCGAGGACGACGACGACGCGCCGCCGGCCUCCGACCUCCCGUACUCCAAGGAGCCCGCCUUCAUCCGCAAGCCGAGGUCCUUCGACGUCGAGGAGGGCGACAACGUCCUCAUCGUGUGCGAGGUGGUCGGUGACCCCAAGCCCGAGGUGUCCUGGCUCCGGGACUGGCUCAAGCCCGACUACUACCACCACUCGCCGCAGUUCGUGCGGGUCGGCUCGGGCCCCGAGUACCGGCUCGAGAUACCCCAGGCGCGUCUGGACUUCACCGGGACCUACGCCAUCCUGGCCCGCAACCAACAUGGGGAGGCUAAAGCCAUAAUAUCUCUGCAAGUCUUCGCCAAGGGUGAGUAGUACGGACAGACGGAC